CACACAAGUUCAUCAAAAGCCAAACCUGAAUAGUUUCUCUCUUCACUAACCCACAUAUAUCCUUUCGCAUCAUGACUUCUCUCCCUCCGGGCUUCCAAUUUUUCCCCUCUGACGAAGAGCUCGUCAUCCAUUUCCUUUAUCGGAAGGCGCUUGGCCAUCGAGACAUCAUUCCUAGCCUUGAUCUCUACACUCAUGAUCCAUGGGAGCUUGAUGGAAAAGCUCUACAAGGAGGUAACUAUUGGUACUUCUUUAGUCAAAAGGCACGAAAUAGAGCAACAGGGCCUAGUGGAUGUUGGGAUUCGGAGGCAGACGAUGAGCCAGUUACGAGCGGAAGGGAGAAUGUUGGUGUGAAGAAAACAUUUGCGUUCUAUGCGGAUGGUAUCAAAACAAGCUGGGUGAUGCAUGAGUACCAUCUAUUGCAACGUGUUGAUAGAGAUGGUAGUACUAGUUCUAAUGGUCGAAGGUCUUCCAGGAGAAAAGGAAACCCUAGAAUGGGAGAUAAUAAAUGGGUGAUAUGCCGAGUGUAUGAUUCAAGCUAUGAUUCUGAUCAAUUGAGAUUGUAUGAGGAGGGGAUGGAGCUUUCGUGCUUGGAUGAGGCAUUCUUGUCUUUGGAUGAUGAUCUUGAUGAUAUAAGCUGGCCCAAUUAGUGGUGAUGUCUAAGCCAAUUAACUAUGAAAUUCUAGCUAGUGAGGUGUGUGCGUGAGAGAAAUGAUCUCUAUUUUUAUGUAUGUAUAUAUUGUCUUACUAGAAUAUAUUCAAAUGACAGAAA